AAAAAUUUAAUAAAAUGCAAUUUAUAUCAUUCAAAUUAUAAAAAUCAAAUGAUGUUAUUCCUCUUGAUUUUGAAAUGUUAUUUAUUGUUGUGAUUGCAGUGAAUUUAGGACUGAAUACGGCAGGUCAAAACACAGCCAGUCAGUUGUUGAGUAACCAGAACAACCCGAUGAAUUUUAUAUUGAACACAAGCAGUGCAUUGUCCGGUAAUGAUGGUCUGCAGAAUAUUGCCCAGACAAACCAAGGAACGAAAGAAUGGCACCAGAGUAUCACACAAGACUCGAGGAACCAUUUUGUCUAUAAGUUGGUGCAGGCCAUUUUCCCCAAACUGGAUCCAGCUGCUUUGAAAGACAGAAGGAUGAGCAAUUUGGUAGCAUAUGCAAGAAAAGUUGAAGGCAAUAUGUAUGAAACGGCCAAUAGCAGGAAGGAGUAUUACAUCUUCCUGGCGGAGAAAAUUUACAAAAUUCAGAAGGAAAUUGAAGAGAAGAGAAAACAGCGCCGAGAACUUCUGAAGCAACAGUUACCUGGUGAUACAAUUGGUGCUGGAAUCAGACCACAAACCAAUGGUCCUAUGUCCAAUCCAUUGUCAACUAUUGGCUUGCCAGGUACCGGCAAUGACUCAUUUGGAAAUCAGCCAAAUAUGGUGACGCCGAAUGUAGGCCCAAGGAUGCCAGGGAUGCAGGCACCACAUCCUAGGUCUACACCACCUUUGGUUAAGCCAGGAAUGACAGAUGUAACACAAGAGAUACCAAAUGUUGAUUCUGCUGUUGUUACCACUCCUAAAAUGGAGCCAACAGAUGGUAAUGAUGAGGUUAAACCAAGUCCCAUGGAUACAAGUCAAGCCAGCACUACACCAGUCCAGUCUCCUGCACCGCCAAAACCUAAAGCUAGAAAAAGUUCAGGCCAGCGAGGUGGAGGUGCCGGCAGUAGUCAAAACAGUGGUGUAAGUCACAGACAAAAUCAGUUUCAUUUUAACACCAGAAGUGUUCAUACGGCAACAAAUAUUGAAUGGGAGGUAGAGGCAUGUUAUAUUUGUGAUGCACAAGUCCCAAAAGGAAAGCCUUACAAGAUACAUUUGAAUAGAUGUCUGAUGAUAGCUGCACAUCAGCAGGCAGAGGUGGACAAGAAGGGAUAUAAUCAAGUCAUUGCUGAGCCCGAGGUGGAGAAAGAGGUACAGGUCAUAGGUCGCAAGCGUCAGAAACGAGAACGUGGUCUUCAGAGUCCUUCCAGUCAAGGUGGACAUGAAGAUGAGAGAACUUCUGACAGAGGGCACCUGUCUGAUCCUGCAGAAGUGGAAAAUCGUACUGAAGCAGUGAAGAGAUUAAUGAAAGAUGGAAACAAAAAUAUUGCAUCUGUAAAUGAUGACAGGGAGGUAGAGGCAUGUUACAUUUGUGAUGCACUAGUCCCAAAAGGAAAGCCCUAUGAAAUACAUUUGAAUAGAUGUCUAACGGUAGCUGUAAAUCAGCAGGCAGAGGUGGACAAGAAGGGAUAUAUCCAAGUCUUUGCUGAGCCCGAGGUGGAGAAAGAGGUACAGGUCGUAGGUCGCAUGUGCCAGAAACGAGGACAUAGUCUUCAGAGUCCUUCCAGUCAAGGUGGACAUGAAGAUGAGAGGACUUCUGACAGAGGGCACCUGUCUGAUCCUGAAAAUCGUACUGAAGCAGUGAAGAGAUUAAUGAAAGAUGGAAACAAAAAUAUUGCAUCACUCAAUGAUGACAGUUCUGAGAAAAUAAAGCAAGUGUUAAGCAUGGGGUAUGAUAAAAAGCUUGUGAACACUGUUGUACUGCAACAUAGAGCACAGGGAGGAGCUGAAAUGACAGAUUUGAAUGAACUAAUAGAUGCUGUAGAAAGAGAAAGGUGCCAGCAGGAAACUGUUUCCAAGGAUAUCUCCAGUCAAACAGGAGCUGCUGGGUGUUCUCAGACCUCAAAACAUGGAAAGAAUGUUCCAACUUCAUGUGCUUCUUCAAUAGAAGACGAAUAUCAGCAGUUGAAGGAUCAAAGACUAUGUAAGAUCUGUAUGGAGCUGGACAUUGAGAUCACCUUCACACCAUGUGGACAUUUCAUUUCAUGUGAACCAUGUGGAAAACCACUAAAGCAAUGUCCUGUAUGCAGACAGAGUGUAAAAUCUUACCUGAAAACUUACAUGUCAUAAAUCUCGACACUUUCAAUAAAAUACGUUUUUUGUAUAUUCAAAAAAAUGUUUUUGAAGAAUCUUUGAAAGUUCUAUAUUUUAAAAAUCUUCAGUCUGCAAGUAUGUUGAAGCCAGCAUUGCAGCGUAGGAAGGGCAGCUGAAGAUUACCCACCCAGGGGCUCCCCUGUUUAGUUCUCAAGUGUUUAUAAAUUAUUAGAAACAUUUUCUAUGAAAAGUACAAUGUACUAAGCUUACAUUUUUAGCUUGACUAUAUGAAGUAUGGAGAGCUGUCCUACUCGACCUGGCAUCGACGUCCUUCCGCGUCCUCACUUGGGUUGAAGUUUUGAUGCACUUUCACUUUAUCUCUGUAAUUACUUGAUGAAUUUGUUUCAAACUUAAAAUAGUUAUUCCUCAUCAUCACCCACAUCAUAUGGUAUAAGGACCAUAACUCUCAGACCAAUAUUUCAUGAAUUAUCUCCCCUUUUUACUUAGAAUUUCAGGUUAAAGUUUUGAUGCACUUUCACUCUUAUCUCAGUUAUUACUAAAUGGAUUUGAUUCAAACUUAAAAUAGUUAUUCAACAUUAUCGCUCACAUCAUAUGACACAAGGGCCAUAACUCUUGCAUCAAUAUUUCAUGAAUUAUUCCCCUUUUUACUUAGAAUUUCAGGUUAAAGUUUUGAUGCACUUUCAAUCUGUCUCAGUUAAUACUAAAUAGAUUUGAUUCAAACUUAAAAUAGUUGUUCCACCUUAACAGCCACAUCAUAUGACUCAAGGUCCAUAACUCUGGUACCAAUAUUUCAUGAAUUAUGCCCCCUUUUACUUAGAAUUUCAGGUUAAAAUUUUGAUGCACUUCUUUCACUUUAUAAGCCCACCAUCAUCAGAUGGUGGGCUAUUCAAAUCACUCUACGUCCGUGGUCUGUCGUUCUUCCGUCCGUUAACAAUUUCUCGUUAUCGCUUCUCCUCAGAAACUACCAUGGGGAAUUUUGACUAAACUUUGUCACAAUGAUGUAUUGGUACCCUAGUUGUGUCCCCCUAAAAAUCAGACUGGUUCAACAAUUUUUAGUGAGUUAUGGCCCUUUAUUUAUUUCUAUAAUUUACAUAGCUUUAUAUAAGGGAAAAACUUUGAAAAUCUUCUCCUCCAAAAGCACAGAGCCUAGGGCUUUGAUAUUUGGUAUGAAGCAUCAUCUAGUGGUCCUGUACCAAGAUGAUUCAAAUUAUUUCCCUGGGGUCUAAUAUGGCCCCGCCCCGGGGGUCACAUGGUUUAUAUAGACUUAUAUAGGGAAAAACUUUGAAAAACCUCUUGUUCAGAUCCACAGGGCCUAGGGCUUUGAUAUUUUGUAUGUGACAUUAUCUAGUGGUCUUCUAUUGAGAUUGUUCAAAUUAUCCCCCUAGGGUCAAAUAUGGCCCCGCCCUGGGGGUCACAUGGUUUACAUAGAUUUAUAUAGGGAAAAACUUUGAAAAUCUUCUUGUCCAAACCACAAAGCCUAGGGCUUUGGCAUUUGUAAUGUAGCAUCAUCUAGUGGUUCUCUACCAAGUUUGUUCAAAUUUUCCCCCUAGGGUCAAAUAUGGCCCCGCCCUGGGUGUCACAUGGUUCAUAUAGACUUAUAUAGGGAAAAGCUUUUAAAAUUUUCUCGUCAAUAACCUACAACAUUCAAAUUUGGACCACAUGUAUAGUUUUGAGUGGCAAGAUGAACCUUGACAUGAGUUGACCUUGAUUUUGACCUAGUGACCUACUUUCACAUUUCUGUAGCUACAGCCUUCAAAUUUGGACCACAUGCAUAGUUUUGUGUACCGAAACAAACUUUGACCUUUACAUUGACCUAGUGACAUACUUUCACAUUUUUGAAGGUACAGGCUUUAAAUUUGGACCACAUGCAUAGUUCUGUAUUCCCAAAUAAAAUUUGACCUUGAUUUUGACCUAGUGACCUACUUUCACAUUUCUCGAGCUACAGCCUUCAAAUUUGGAACACUUGCAUAGUUUUGUGUACCGAAAUGAACUUUGACCUUAAGAUUGACCUAGUGACCUACUUUCACAUUUCUGUAGCUACAGGCUUCAAAUUUAGACCACAUGCAUAGGAUUGUGUACCAAAACAAACUAUGACCUUGACAUUGACCUAGUGACCUACUUUCACAUUUUUCAAGGUACAGGCUUUAAAUUUGGACCACAUGCAUAGAUUUGUGUUUUGAAGUGUAAUAUGACCUUGAUUUUGACCUAGUGACCUACUUUCACAUUUCUCAAGCUACAGCCUUCAAAUUUGGACCACUUGCAUAGUUUUGUGUACCGAAAUAAACUUUGACCUUAAGAUUGACCUAGUGACCUACUUUCAAAUUUCUCAAACUACAGCCUUCAAACUUGAUGCACAUGCAUAGUUUUGUGUACAAAGAACUUUGUCCUUGAAAUUGAUCUAGUGACCUACUUUCACAUUUCUCAAGCUACAGCUUUCGAAUUUGGACCACAUGCACAGUGUUGUGUACGGAAAUGAAAUUUGACCUUGAGCUAGUCAAUAAGUCUUGAAAUUUGGAACACUCAAAAAUGGCAGAUUGGUGGGCGCCAAGAUCACUCUGUGAUCUCUUGUCUCAGUUAUUACUAAAUGGAUUUGAUUUUAACUUGAAAUAGUUAUUCAACAUCAUCAGUCACAUCAUAUGACACAAGGUUCGUAACUCUUGCACCAAUAUUU